AUCUGCUGUUAGACCCGAAGAAGAGGAAGAAAUCUUACUGCACUGCACAAGAAAAGCAGAACUUUUAAGCUGUGAGAUUAACCAGUCAUUAACCAGCCUCUUCAAACUUUUCCCCGUUGUCAUCAUGAAGCAGAAGAAAGCGGCACGCAAACAGGCCAGGAAAGACUCUCCAGGUGGAAAUACAGCCAUUAAGAGUGAAAAAAAGACAGGGGGAAACUCUUUCUUUAGCUGGCUGUUGGUGCUGGCUUUGCUGGGGGCUUGGCUGUCUGUGGGUGUCAUGUGGUUUGACCUAGUUGACUACAACAGUGUGGUUGGUGCUCUUGGAGGAGUGUAUGAUGCUGAUGGCGAUGGAGACUUUGAUGUAGAAGAUGCCAAAGUUUUAUUGGGUCUGACUGAGAAACCUGUUACGGUGGCAUCACACGAGAACCCCUUAGGAGAAAAAGAAUCCACAUCAAACUCUCCACAUGGGUCUACAUCCGAUGCCGAACCUCCAUUAGAGGUCAAAAUAGAAGAAUCAAUACCUGCAAACCAAAUUUCACCAGAGCUGCCAUCUGCAACUCAGCCUGUGCCUACAUCAGUCUCCACACCUGAAUCAAUUACUGAGACAACUGGAUUUACAGAAGAACCCUCAGUAGAAUCCAAAGAAGAAAAAGAAGCUAAAAAGAAGAAACAAAAAAUUCUUAAUAAAUUUGACAAAACAAUAAAAUCUGAGAUCAAUGCUGCAGAGAAAUUACGCAAGAAGGGGAAACUUGAGGAAUCUCUCCAUGCUUUUGAAGCUCUUGUCCAGAAAUUCCCUCAAAGUCCGAGAUGCCGAUACGGUAAAGCCCAGGCAGAAGAUGAUUUGGCAGAGAAAAUGCGCAGUAAUGAGAUGCUGCUGAAGGCAGUGAACUCAUACAGAGAAGUAGCUGAGCUUCCAGACGUACCACCUGACCUCGUCAAAGCCACAUUAAAGAGAUGUGCAGACAGACAACAGUUCUUAGGUCGUACAAGGGGAUCUUUGGCUACUUUGGAGAAGCUAGUUCAGAUUUUCCCAGAAGACAUCAGCUUAAAGAAUGACUUGGGAGUUGCACAUCUGCUUCUGGGUGACAACAAGGGUGCAAAACGUAUAUAUGAGGAGGUUUUAGCUCGAGCCCCACAUGAUGGAUUUGCUAAAGUGCAUUAUGGGUUCAUACUUAAAUCGGAAAACAAGAUUGCAGAGAGCAUUCCGUACCUCAGGGAGGGUUUGGAAACUGGAGAGCCAGGAACUGAUGACGGAAGAUUUUACUUUCAUCUCGGGGAUGCUUUACAGAGAACAGGAGACAAGAGUGCCUAUGACUGGUAUGAGGCUGGACAUCGGCGAGGUCACUUUGCCUCUGUAUGGCAGAGAUCACUGUAUAAUGUCCCGGGGCUUCGUGCUCAACCUUGGUGGACUGCUGAAGAGACUGGAUAUACAGCUUUAGUCAAGAUGCUGGAACGUAACUGGUUGACCAUCAGGGAUGAAGCACUGUCAGUGUUAGACAGCAACCGUGGGCAGUUCUUGCCUGAAGAUGAAAAUCUAAGAGAGACAGGAGACUGGGGCCAGUUUACACUGUGGCAGCAGGGUCGAAAGGUUGCUUCUUCAUGUCGCCAUGUCCCUAAAACCUGCGGUUUGCUGGAACGUUACCCAGAGACCACUAGCUGCAAAAGAGGCCAGAUCAAGUUUUCAGUAAUGCAAGCUGGUACUCAUGUAUGGCCUCACACUGGUCCCACCAACUGUCGUCUACGAAUGCAUCUAGGCCUUAUCAUCCCUUCUAAAGGAUGCAGGAUUCGUUGUACGAACCAAACCAGGGAGUGGGAAGAAGGAAAAGUGUUAAUAUUUGAUGACUCAUUCGAGCAUGAAGUCUGGCAGGAAGCAGAAAGCUUCAGACUCAUCUUUAUUGUUGAUGUCUGGCAUCCAGAACUCACCCAAUUACAGAGGCAGACUCUGUCACCAAUAUAGACGAUUUGUUCAAAAACCGCCAAUCGGAGUGAGAUUUACUGUCCUUAACCAAUCACAGAUUUUAUUAAUCACAAAUAUCUGUUGUGCUGUCCUGUUUAUGAUUACAGGGCAAUGUGAAUGUAUAAGUCUUAUGAAAAACAACCAUGCUGAUAGUUGUAAAUAAUAUAAUUGAUGGAUUUAGUUCGAGGGUUUUAAAAAGACAGUUCACCUAAUAUUCAAUAUCUUAUUUCUGAUAAAGCAAAUACGAUUUGUAAUCAUGUUUCAGAAGCACGUUUUUAGGGCACAACAGUAAAGAGUCAAAUGAAAGCUACAAUAAGCAUUAAAACAUACAUUUUGAGAUUUAUAUCUUAGGUUAGAUUAAAUGGUUACCUAUAGUAAAUUAACAGUAUGAGUAAUAAAAUGCAUGUUAUGGGACCAAUGAAGAGAUCAGAAUAUGAGAGAAUGAGUUGCAUUUGCUCUUUAUUUCUGAAAAAAGGAGACCUUAGUCACUUUUUAUAGAAAUAUGAUUGAACAUCGAACUGUAUGUUGUGGGUUACUUUAUAUAAUGUGUGUCCAGGUGUAUACAUAAAUGAGCAGAUGUGUUAGCUUUAAGAGAUGAGUGCACAGCCAUAAAAAAAAUCACUUUGUGCCUUCUCCAACCUUGGAAACUAUUCCAAUAAGGUCAAGUGUUAAAAAAAAAAAAAAUGUUUUUGUGAAAUUCAGAUUCACUGCAAGCACGCAUUUUAUUAACACUACAAAUUCUACACGAUUUUUGUAUACAUGUUUGUUUACAUAAUUUCAUCAUGUGAAAAUGUAUUGUUUUUGUAUUGUCUGGGAAGUAUUCAGUUUUGAUAUGUCUGAAAAGAACAAUAAUAAUUUAUCUCAAUUAUAA